AUGGGCGCCGCCCGCCCCGCCCCUUGCUCCCACGCCGCGCGCCUGGGAGCUCCCCGACCCUGGCCCGGCCGCAGCGCCAAGUCGUCCUCCUCCUCCGCGGCCGCCGGGAGCAGUCACGGCAGCGGCGCCCCCUCCGUCUCCCGCCUUUGUCUGAGCGCGGCGCCCGCAGUGGACCUGGAGAGGGGGCCCCGAGGCUGCCCCGGCCCAGAGCCGCCGGGAAGCCUUGUCGGGAGCCGCACGGGCCGCCGGGGUGGGGACGCGGAAGGGCGGGGUCUGCAGCCUGGCGCGGCGCCCCCCAAUGCGAGUCCCGCAGUGGGCGCGGGGAUGCGGGGCCCGCAGGACCCCUCCCGGUCAGGCCCCAGCCCCCCGCGGCCGCGCAUGCGCCCCGUGGCCUUGGUGCAGGUGCAGCGGGGGCUCAGCGCCGAGAGGGACCUGCAGACGCCGCAGGCUGGGGCGGAGGAGCUCAGGUGCGGAUGGCGGCCGCCGACCCGGUCCCCGCCGCUUCGCGAACCCAGCCCCCCGCAGUUCUGCGCCGCCUCCCAGCACCACCCCGAAGGCUGUCGGAGCUGCGCGGGAGGGACGGGGCCCGGGGUCCAGGCGUCCAGGCCCGGGGACGCGCAGCCUGCGGUGUGCGGUGGACUUGGGGCCAAUGGGGCGGCUGAGGUCACCUGGCGGCCAGGAGGGGCCGGGCCUGCCAGUGGACGUGGGAGUGGGGCCGCAGCGCCCUGGUGGGGUGGGGGGGGGCGGAGGGAAGACGAGCUAGGAAGGCGGCCCCUCCAUGUCUGGGGCCCGCUGUCAGCUUUUCAAUCUAAAGGGGAAAACAGGCAAAACUAAUAGAAGUGGAGUGUUGGGGCCAAGUCUGGGGACUGCAGCCUGGAAGCACAGACUCCAGCUGCUCCGAAUGCGCUCGCGCUCACCCACCGCAGUUAGAAGUGCGUUUUUAAAGGAAAAAUGAAGACGCAGCUCCGAAGUUCACCGAGAAUUUGCAUUGAAAUAACAUAAGCAAUAUUGAUUGGCAUUCAUUGUUAUUGUGUCACAAAUUCCAGGAACAUGAAGAUGACACUGAGGCGGCCAGGCGGACACUGCAGGGAAGAAGGAAAUGCCUUCAAACACUUGCCCGGGCAUGGGGGGAGGCGGACUGGAGUCCCACACUCGGGUCUCUGUGGACCAGACCAUCGUUGGGUGCUCUACGUAGCUCCGGGUGCUCUAGGCUGUUUUUCUUUUCUCAUUUCUCAUCUUUGAUAAAAAUCUUUCUCUUCUGAUGUAUGUUUUUCUGCUGGGAAGGCUCAUUCCCGGGCCAUCUCACCCCGCGAGGGUGGGGAAGAGGAGAGGUGUGGUGGCUGCUUUGGACAUCAUGAGGCCUAAAGGCCAAGUGGAUUGGCACGGGGUCUGCCAGGCCAUCUGCUCCCGAGGAGCCAGCCACACGUGCUGGGCGGCUUCUGAGCAGCUAGCUAGCAUCCUGCGGUGGGCACAGUGCCUCAGGCCUGUAAUCCCAGCACUUUGGGAGGCCGAGGCAGGCAGAUCACUUGAGGUCAGGAGUUUGAGAUCAGCCUGGACAACAUGGUGAAACUGCGCCUCUACUAAAAAUACAAAAAGUAGCCGGACCCACGUGGCGGCGGGCACCGUACUCCCAGCGACUUGGGAGGCUGAAGCAAGAUAAUCGCUUGAACCUGGGUGGCAGAGGUUGUGGUCAACCGAGAUCAUGCCACUGCACUCCAGCCUGAGCAACACAGCAAGACUCCGCCUCAAAAAAAGAAAAAAAGAAUGAAAAUGUGGCACAAAUAAGGGCAACUUUUAACAAUUUGAAGUCCAGAACUGAAGAGUGCUAUUUCUGAAGGUGACCAGACCUGUUUUGUCUCCUUCUGGUCCUGGCCUGAAGAACGAGGUGUUGAGGUCCUCCAGGGAUGAAUCCUCUCCCGAAAGGCUGCCCGGUGUGGCCCCAUCUAUUGCGGCUGGAGGAAGUCCUAUAUUAGAUGCUUUUCUCAUAAAAUCUCCAGGUCGGAGACCUUGAUCUUUGAUGGCCUCGCCUCCUGGGAGCUUGCUGUUAAAGAAUCCUUCGUGAAUGUAGAAUGUGCAUGGAGAAGCUCUGUGGGGUCUUGGCAGUAAUGAAGAAUGUCACCUUUAAGGGGAGCUGCUUUGGAGGCUCCUUCCUCUAGGCACAGCGCCCUCCUGCUGUUCCUUCAAAGAGAGAAAGCUGAUAUUUUCCAGACAGGGUAGAUCCCACAGCGGCAGCACGUUCGGCCAGGGAGGGUUCGAAGUUAGUGUUAGCUUUGCAGAUGGGUUUUCUUUUAUCCCACCUGAGCGUUCCACAGUCCAGAAGACAGAGGAGGGCUGCAGGCACAGGGGGACACCAAUCCCUCCAUCCCAACCAGCUUUACAUAUGUGAGAGAGACACGGCGUUUCUCCAUGUUGUCCAGGCUGGUCUGGAACUCCUGGUCUCAAGUGACCCUCCACCUCGACCUCCAGAAGUCCUGGGAUUACAGGCAUGAGGCACCAUGCCCAGCCAAUACAUCUGUUAUGACCUCUCACGAUUUUCCCCCAUUCUCUCUCUUCCCACGACUUUCUACACCCAUUCGCUUUUAUCUGUCAUUCUUUUUUAUCCCUUCAACUUAAUCUUUAAAAACCUCUGGACAAAUUUAUUCUUCCCAAAAUGAAAAUCACAUUCUCAUGCCUUCUUUAUCAUCCUUGCCAAAAACAUAACCUAUUCUUCUUAUCUGCCCUGUGUCCAGAAUUCUUCCAUAUCUAGUCGUUGUUCUUGUUUUCCCUCAGUUUCUUUGUUUUGAGAUGGAGUCUCACACCGUUGCCCAGGCUGGAGUGCAGUGGCGCCAUCUCAACUCACCGCAACCUCCCCUUCCUGGGUUCAAGCAAUUCUGCCUCAGCCUCCCGAGUAGCUGGGAUUACAGGUGCCCACCAUCAUGCCUCGCUAAUAUUUUGUAUUUUUAGUAGAGACAGGGUUUCGCCAUGUUGGCCAGGCUGGUCUUCAACUCCUGAGUUUGUGAUCCACCCGCCUCAGCCUCCCAAAGUGCUGGGGUUACAGGCAUGAGCCACAGCACAGGCCUUUAUAGUAGUUUUACUUGCAUAUAUUAACUACAAUUUUUUUUUUUUUUUUUUUUUUGAGACGAAGUUUCACUCUUGUUACCCAGGCUGGAGUGCAAUGGCGCGAUCUCGGCUCACCGCAACCUCUGCCCCCUGGGUUCAGGCAAUUCUCCUGCCUCAGCCUCCUGAGUAGCUGGGACUACAGGCACGCGCCACCAUGCCCAGCUAAUUUUUUGUAUUUUUAGUAGAGACGGGGUUUCACCAUGUUGACCAGGAUGGUCUCAAUCUCUUGACCUCGUGAUCCACCCGCCUCGGCCUCCCAAAGUGCUGGGAUUACAGGCUUGAGCCAUGGUGCCCGGCCACUACUACACUUUUUUUUGAGACAGGGUCUUUUGUUGCUCAGGCUGGAGUGCAAUGAUGUGAUCCUGGCUGACUACAGCCUCCACCUCCCAAAUAGAUGGGACUACAGGCACGCACCACCAUGCCUGGCUAAUUUUUGUAUUUUCUUUAGAGACGGGGUUUUGUCACAUUGCCCAAGCUGGUCUCAAACUCCAGGACUCAAGUGAUCUGCCUGCCUCAGCCUCCCAGAAUGCAUUAACUACAAAUUUAAGUCCGUAGCCUCAGUUUUCGUGAAAAGCCUAGGAAGUAAUUUUGAACUCUUAUAUCAAUAUAUUUUUUUCUUUUCUCUCUUUUUUUUUUUUUUUCAUUUUUUUAGAUGGAGUCUCGCUCUGUAGCCCAGGCUGGAGUGCAGCUCUCACCCUCCUGGGCUGCACAAGCCAGUGUGGGGUGGUGGGCUGACAGGAAAGAAACAAACACCUAGGACCCCUUAGGAAUAAAUGCUUCGAAGAAAAGGCAUGGCUGGUGCAGCGGCGGGCGCCGGGGACCCUGUGGGCCAGGGCACCUGUGCUGUGGGCCCCACUACUCAGGAGGCCAGGGGGAAGAUUGCUUGAGCCCGUGGGGUUGAGGCUGCAGGAAGCUGUGAUUGGGCCACUGCAUUCCAGCCUGGGCAACAGAGCAAGAUCCUCUCUCAAAAAUUAAUCAAUUAAAGAGGGACACAGGGCUGCA